AUGUUUCAGGUGGGUCUGAAACGCAUUCAUGCUGCACUUGACGCUGUUCGUCCUUUGGGAUUCCCGGAACCAUUGGUUCGCAGAAUUGUCAGAAAUCUCCUAAAGGAAUAUGGUGGGGAUGAAGGAUGGGCUUUCAUUGAGGAGGGUUGCUAUAAGGUUUUGAUUGAUACGCUUCUCGAUGAGGUAGAGAAAUCAGAGAGGGAAAACAGUGAACCAGGAUUAUCGACAGACAAUGGGCCAAAAUUGUUGAUUGAGAAUCGACCAGCAGAGGAUGGCACUAAGAAAGAUGAGCCUGAAAUACAAUUUCACCCUCCAACCAUUCACUCCCUAGCAGCAAUGGAUGUCAUUCCAUGUUCUUCAGUGAGUGAUGCACCUGAUGAGAAGCUUGGAGUACAAGUCCAUUCCCCUACCAGUCAUUCCAAGCAAGUUCAAUCAACAAGCAUGCCCUCUCCAGUACCAUUGGAGACUGAUGCACUUGAUGAGAAGCUUGGAAUGAAAGACCCAUCCCAACAAAUUCACUCUGCACAGGCUUCCUCCUCUCACAUCAAUUCUUCACAGAUAACAGACAUUGUUCCACGCUCUUUGAAGGAUGUUUCCUCUCAUGUCAAAUUUGAAAGACAGUCUUGCUCUCCACAGAUAUCCUCCACAGGAGUCCAAUCUCCACAGUUGUUCUCCCCACUGCAAGUGGACUCUCUCCCUCCUCAGAGGCGUAAACCAUGUUAUGGAUGGCUUAGCAGUGACGAUGAGGAUGAGCCAGAUCUCUUACAUCUAACACCAGCUACUUAA